UUUAUUUAAAAACCAGAAAUCCUCCUUUAUUCGAACUUUCAUCUCCAGCCUUAAGCAGCGAAAAUAGAAAAGAAUUGCUAACAAUUUUGAAUAAAUUUUGUUCAGAAAAUAAUGGGGAACAAAUACUUUAUUUUUUAAUUCAAUGUUUUAUGGAAUAUUUUUGUGAUCUUGGAGAAAAAGAAAAGGAAAAACAAAAAAUAAUUGAAAAAGAGGAGGGGAAUGAUUUAACAAUAAAUAUCCCUUUACCUUCUAAUUUUUAUUCUGGCAAAGCAAUAGAAGAUAGAAAAAGUGUUUUUCAAGGACACGUAACUAAAUUGGAUUCAAAAGACAAGGUCCCAAAAUUACUUGAAUCAUUAAAAACUGUUGGAAAAAUUGCUCGUGCUAGACACAAUCCAUAUGCUUGGCGUAUUGUUAAUGAUGCUAAACGAGCUAUUGAACAGCACGAUUGUGAUGAUGAUGGAGAGACUGGCUCAGCUUCUAAAUUACUUCGACUUCUUAUGCAAAUGGACGCUAAAGACGUUCUUUUGGUUGUUAGUCGUUGGAAAGGCGGCAAUAAAAUUGGACCAGAUCGUUUUAGGCAUAUUUGUAAUGCUGGACGUGAUGCAUUAAUUUCUGGUGGUUUUGUUGUAGUAAAAGGAGAAGGCGAAAAAAAUAUAUAG